AUGUCCUUUAAAAACGCUACAUUUUCGCAAGUGCUCGAUGAUCUGUCUGCACGGUUCAUAUUAAAUUUGCCGGCUGAAGAACAAAGCAGUGUCGAAAGGCUUUGCUUUCAGAUUGAACAAGCACAUUGGUUUUACGAAGAUUUUAUUCGAGCACAGAACGAUCAACUACCAUCUUUAGGAUUACGCGUCUUCAGUGCCAGAUUAUUUGCCCAUUGCCCUUUAUUAUGGAAAUGGAGUAAAGUACAUGAAGAAGCUUUUGAUGAUUUUUUACGCUAUAAAACACGAAUUCCCGUCCGAGGAGCAAUUUUGCUCGAUAAAUCCUUACAGCGCUGUCUUCUCGUAAAAGGAUGGAAAGCCUCUUCUGGCUGGGGGUUUCCUAAAGGAAAAAUCGACAAAGAUGAAUCAGACGUUGAUUGUGCUGUUCGUGAGGUUUAUGAAGAAACUGGCUUUGACUUAACAGGCCACAUUAAUUCUAAUGAAUACAUCGAUAUGACAAUCCGUGGACAAAAUGUCCGUUUGUACAUUAUCCCAGAGAUGUCUUUAGACACGGUGUUUGAAUCAAGAACACGCAAAGAAAUUAGCAAAAUUGAAUGGCAUAUGUUGGCUGAUUUGCCUACGUACAAAAAGUCCAAAACGGAUACGGUAAAAAACAAGUUCUACAUGGUCAUUCCUUUUUUAACUCCUCUUAAAAAGUGGAUUAAGAAGCGUAAUGUCGCUACCAAGACUACGAAAGAACAAGGAAUUUCCGUUGAUGUUGACGCCGACGCUUCUUCCCAACUUCUCACUCUUUUGAAAUCAUCCACGGCUCCUACCGCUACACCCUUUCCUAUUUCGCAACCAACGGAACAGCAGGCUGUUCCUCAACUUCCUCCAGUUGACAUCAGACAAAAAAUACUUACUCUCCUCAAUGGAAAUUUUGAACCCAAACAGCCCAUUCCAAUUUUACCUGUCUCGUCUCUUCCCCAGCAACCCCCUCGUCAAGUAGAUCACCCUUGGGCAAACGGGCCUUCUCUUUAUGGGUUUGACCCAUUUGCCUAUCUAGGUUUAGACCCCCAAAACCCUUCCGAAUCUUUUCCAAGAGUCGCCGCUACAGGUCCACCUCCUCCCAACGUCGCUUCCAAUUUGCAAUUUCCAAAUUCAGUUAAUUAUCCUCCCCCGCCUCCACCGUUUUCGGGGUACCAUGGCCCUUAUGUUCAAAACAGGGAAAACUUUAGUCCCGAAAGUCCCGAAGCAGUUAUGCCUUCUCCUAUGGAUCUUCCUUCUCCCAAAACCGUUUAUCAUGAAGUUUUCCAUCCACCCACGACUACGUCUAUUCAGAGUUUUAAGCCUGAUCAGAUGCGUGAAGUCUACGAUGACACUCAUCCAAACUCAAACAUACAGAUCCCUCCUUAUUCGAACCAUGUGGUUGAUCCCUUUCCUGCUGUACAACACCAGCAAAAUCCUAUAAACAAUUUGCAUGACGAACCUACUGUAAACCGAUUACAAAACGAAGCUUCUUCUAGGAAACUUUUUGAUAUGAUAUCUACUCCUAAGCCGGUUCAGUCUCUGCCAGCUCCUCAAGAUGGGUCUUCUCAGAAGUUAGUCAACAUUUUGUUAGGUACAUCUAAGUCUGACAUGAAUGCUAGUAUCCAAGAGAAACCUGAAACGGUUAAUAAGCCUACUGUGUCCACCCCUCCUGCUGAGCCAUCGUCUCACUCUGAACAUCUUCUUCAAGCAUUGUUGAAUCCAACAGCCUUACCGACACCUUCAAAUUUGCCUUCAUCAACCACUAAGAAUAAUGAACCUUCGGUAAAUCAAUCUUCGGAAGCGAAACCGUCACCAAAGCCAAAAAGCAGGAUUCCUCGGUUAGAUGCCAAGAACAAAGCUAAGAAUAAUGAAGCUACUAGAGCUAAAAAUACGGAAGCUUUGAAAAGUGCUCUACUAGGAAAUUCACUUCAGCCUGCGACCACUGCUUCAAAGGAGGCGGUUACCCAUCAUGAAAACAAAGCUGAUCGUUCCACUGAAGGACUUACCACACCAGGCACUUUCCCUGGCUCUGUGAAGAUUCUCAAGCGAGUUCCAUCUGCAGAAGUGGAUGAUAAAAAUUACCCAACCGUUGAGAAGUCGUCUGAUGAAUACUUCCUUUCUUAUCUGCAAAACGUAGUGAGAAAUCAAAGACAAGUUUAG